AUGUCGGCACCGAACGACGGCUACGGCCAAUACCCCCCACAGCAACAACCUUACUCCGACCAGCCUCAGGAUGGCUACGAAGCACAGGGAGCUCAAGCUUCUCAGCCAGCUGUAACUGAUCAAGGCAAGAAGAAGAAGAGAGGUUAUGCCACCCAAGCCUAUGAGUUCGGAGCUGGCGCCAACUCCAAUACGGCUGGUGCACCUGCUCAAGCACAGCCAUAUGGAAUAUCCCAGCCGCAGGCCGCGGGUUAUGGUGGCUAUCCUGCGCAGGAUGCUCAACCCGCCGCCGCCGCCGCCGCGUAUGGCUCUCCUCAACCUCAGCAGUACGGCAUACCCCAGCCUCCCGCUGCUCAGGCCGGAACCUACGGCGCGUAUCAAGCCCCCGAUGCCGGAUAUCCUGCGUCCGGCCUUACCUCUGCCGCCCCCGGCGUUGGUGGCCUCAACCAGCAGAUGGCCGGGAUGAACCUCGGCGGGCAAACCCAGCAGCAACCUACUGGCCAAGCCGCUCGCCCUGUGGCCUUGAACCAGCUUUACCCUACCGACUUGAUGAACCAGCCGUUCAAUGUGUCCGAGCUAGACUUGCCUCCUCCUCCCAUUAUUCUUCCUCCCAACACAAGCGUGACCCCCUCCCCAGAUGCGAAUUGCGGUCCUAAAUACGUGCGCUCUACCCUCAACGCCGUCCCGACAACACACUCUCUCCUGAAGAAGUCGAGGUUACCCUUCGCGCUAGUCAUUCAGCCUUAUGGAGCUCUCCACGAUAGUGAGGAUCCAAUUCCUGUGGUGCAGGAUCAGGUCAUUGCGCGCUGUCGACGCUGCAGAACAUACAUCAACCCCUUCGUUACAUUCUUGGACCAUGGCCACCGUUGGCGUUGCAACAUGUGCAACCUGACGAACGAUGUACCUCAAGCUUUCGACUGGGAUGCUGCUUCGCAAAGGAGCACUGACCGUUGGGGACGUUACGAGCUGAAUUAUUCAGUUGUUGAGUUUGUUGCGCCCCAGGAGUACAUGGUGCGCCCGCCUCAGCCGCUAGUUUACCUGUUCCUUUUUGACGUGAGCUACGCUGCUGUCUCGACUGGCCUUCUCGCGACUAGUGCCCGAACCAUCCUCGACAGUCUCGACAGGAUACCUAAUGCCGAUCGUCGAACUCGCCUGGGUUUCAUCGCUGUGGACUCUAGCCUGCACUACUUCUCCGUGCCCAAGGAUGGUGAAGAGAACACCGAGACCAGCAUGUUGGUCGUCAGCGAUCUGGACGAGCCAUUCCUGCCUGUGCCCCAAGAUCUGCUGGUACCCCUGACGGAGAGCCGCCAGAGCAUUGAGGGCUUCCUGACCAAAUUGCCUGAAAUGUACCAGAGCAACCAGAACAAUGGAUCUGCCAUGGGCUCGGCCCUCAGAGCUGGCCACAAGCUGAUUUCGGCUCUCGGCGGAAAGAUCGUGGUGCUCAGUGCUUCCUUGCCCAGUGUGGGCGUCGGCAAGCUGGACAUGCGCGAGGACAAGAAGUUGCUGGGUACAAGCAAGGAAAGCAGUCUGCUCCAAACUGCCAAUAGCUUCUACAAAAGCUUUGCUGUAGAGUGCUCAAAGAACCAGGUCUCCAUCGACAUGUUCCUGUUCUCUUCGCAAUACCAGGAUGUCGCCUCUCUGAGCAACUUGCCGAGGUACACUGGAGGACAGACUUGGUUUUACCCGGGCUGGAACGCUGGGCGCCCUGAAGACGCCAUCAAGUUUGCCUCCGAGUUCAGUGACUACUUGUCAUCAAAGAUUGGAUUGGAAGCCGUGCUCCGCGUUCGCGCCACCACUGGUCUGCGCAUGAAUGCCUUCUAUGGUAACUUCUUCAACAGAAGCUCUGAUCUAUGCGCCUUCCCCGCCUUCCCUCGCGAUCAAUGCUACGUCGUUGAGGUUGCCAUCGACGAGAACCUUACGAAGAAUGUGGUCUGCUUGCAGACUGCGGUUCUUCACACGACCUGCAAUGGAGAGCGUCGCAUCCGCGUCAUGACGUUGGCCCUUCCAACGACCACAAAUCUCGCUGAUAUCUAUGCCUCGGCCGACCAGCAGGCAAUCACCACAUACUUCAGUCACAAGGCAGUCGAGCGCGCCUUGAGUGGAGGUUUGGAAGCUGCUCGCGACUCUCUUCAAAACAAGUUGAUCGAACUUUUGCAAACUUUCAGAAAGGAGCUCGCCGGUGGCAGCAUGGGCGGUGGUCUGCAGUUCCCCUCCAACCUGCGCGGCCUCCCCAUUCUCUUCUUGGGCCUCAUGAAGAACGUCGGACUCCGGAAGUCAGCUCAAAUCCCGUCAGAUCUGCGGUCGGCAGCCCUCUGUCUGCUUUCGACGCUUCCUGUCCCUCUGCUCAUGCAAUACAUCUACCCCCGACUCUACUCGUUGCACGACAUGCCCGACAACGCAGGUGUGCCUGACUCGGAGACUAGCCAGAUUGUGCUCCCGCCGCCGGCGAAUCUCUCGUCAGAACGAUUUGCCCCUUACGGUUUGUAUCUCAUCGACGACGGCCAGACACAGUUUCUCUGGGCUGGCCGGGAUGCCGUGCCGCAGCUGUUGGCCGACGUGUUUGGAGUUGAGGACAGGACUCAGUUACGGGUGGGCAAGGGUGCUUUGCCGGAGCUGGAGAACGACUUCAACGAGCGGGUACGAGCAGUUGUUCAGAAGAGCCGGGACCACAAGUCCAAGGGAGUUGGCAGCAUCAUCCUGCCCCAUCUCUAUAUUGUCCGAGAAGACGGAGAGCCGAGCCUUAAGUUGUGGGCGCAGACACUACUGGUGGAGGACAGAGCGGACCAGGGCAUGAGCGCAGCACAGUGGCUUGGUAUUCUUAGAGAAAAGGUUGUGACUUGA